AUGGAAGAGAACGUGGGACGUUGCGUGCAAGUUGUGUCAGAAUGGAAGAUAGGGAGGGAGCGAGUACGAGGAAGCGGAGGAGGACGAGGAGGAGGGCGGGUGUGGUGUGAAGCGGCUAUGCACGAUCUCAAGUGCAAGGUCAAGUUGAUCAUCAAGGCCGACGACCUUGCGCUGAACCCUCCAAGAGGGCAAGGGUACUCAUGCAGGGUCCUUGAGAUGAACUCCGUCAGCGGUUCGUAUGAGCUGGUAGAUGCAACGGAGGUGGUGGAGGUGCGGGACGGGAAGCAGGGAGGCUUUGUGUUCGGCAAGAAGAAACAGCUGAUCCGGUUCGAACUCCUCCUCUCUAGCGAUGGGACGGGCGAGGCAGCUGCCAAGCUCGACUGUACGCUAGGGAAGAUCGUUGGAUCCAGCAGAAGCACUCUGAGCGCUCAGCUGGUUGCAACGAGCGGGGGAGCGGAGGGAUGCGGGAAGCUCACGGUGCUGGCCGAAGAGAUUAAGGAUCCGACCAAGGACAAGAUAUGGAUCAAGAUGAAAGGAAUCAAUCUUGCCGCCAAAGACAGAGGGAAGAGCGACCCCUACAUCGUCAUCAAGAGGAAGACUGCGAUCAGCGAGGAAGUGAUCCACAAGACGGAGUGGAUCAAGAACAAUCUCAACCCAGAGUGGCAGCCCUUUACCAUCGAGCUCAUGGAGCUCUGCAACGGGGACAUGGACAGACAGUUUAUUAUCGAAUGCUGGGACAGGGUCUUGUCACCACAACUGCCAACGAGCUCUUGUCGGGCAGGGACAUCCAGCGUUCGUCCUCCUCAGCUGCUCGACUACAAGGAGAGGAAGCCGGGGAAGGAAGUCGACCCAGGCAAACUUGGCGUUGAGUGCAAAAUCAUCUACGACCCUCUGACGGUGAGCGAGGACGAGAAUCAGGACGAGGAAGAGGAGGAGGACGAGAAGUUGGUGGUGGUGGUGGUGAGGACGCCGACCUUUCUUGACUACAUCUCCCACGGUUGCAAGCUGAGGAUCUCCGUGGCCGUGGACUUCACCGGCUCCAACGGAACCCCUACCGACAAGCAGUCUCUGCACUACAACGGGGAGCCUCUCAACAACCAGUACUACCAGGCCAUGUCAGCAGUCGCAAGCAUCAUCCUCGCCUAUGAUGACGUCAAUAAGGCACUAGCGGCGCAGGGAGGAGGCGACGGUUGA